AUGUUCACGCCGAUCCUCCGGGAUGGAUCACAGCAAGGAACACCGUUGGCAGAUGUAUUGCUAGGCUUGGUUGAGCAGGCGCGCCCCGCUGUGCAGACGUGGGGGCGGCGCAUGCUCGUCACCAUGGUCUGGAUCUGGGCGCUGCCCAUUGUGGCGCGGUGGAGCUUCCGCUUCCACUUUGAGGAGUGGUCCCUCCCUUGGGAUGAAGACGAGCCACUCAGACAACUUGGAAUGGAUUGGUUCAUGGGCGCGGUCAUCUGCUUGUCCAUUGUCGGUGUUCUCUUCUCCAUUCUCAUGUACCGCGACUUUAUCAUCAUGCAGUUCAAUGAUCCAGACCCUUUUGCAUACCCAACCCCUUUGGAAGUGCAAGCACACUUCAACCCACCCCCCGAAGUCAACCAGAGAGACGAAGACGAGGACGAGGAAGAAGAAGAAGAGGGAGGUGGACGGCACGAGUGGCCCGAGCUGGUGGAUGAAUACGGCGUCGAGUCCCGCGACGACCUCCUCGAGCUCCUCCAAAACCAACUCACCCCGCAACACCAGCCAGCUGGGUACGAAGGGGAAGGCGAUGGCGGAGAUGGGGGUGAGGGUGCAGCCACAACUGCUGCCGCAGGCGCCACCGCUGAACCUGCUGCACAUGCGCGAGGACCAGCAGCUGCUGAUGUGCGGGAAGCUGCCGGGGAGGAGCAUAUGGACGACCCCGUGCCUCAUGAAGGCGCAGCAAUGCCAGCAGGAUACAGCACGCCCCGUGAUGACGAUGACGAUGAUGAUGAUGACGAUGACGAUGAUGAUGACGAUGACGAUGAUGAUGAUGACGUGCUUGUGGUGGAUGGUGAUGAGGGCGAUGAAGAGGAAGACGAGGAAGGUGUUGCUGUCGAUGGUGAUCACGGGCACGCUGUUGAGGAGGAGGAGGAGGAGGAGGAGGAGGAGGAGGAGGAGGAGGAGGAGGAGGAGGAACGUGCUGCUGACGCGGACGGGUUGGACGUUGAUGAACUGCUUGCGCCAGACCAAGCAGGUGCCCCCGCACUUGACGACUGGGACGAAAACGAGUUUGACCUUGACGAGGACCUGGUGUUGCUGGAGCAGCUUGGCUUCCACGGCCCCAUCCGCCGCCUCUUCGACUCCUUCCUCUGGAUCGUCUUCGCCCUGAACAUGCUCCUCUUCAUCUUGGGCUUUGUGCCCCUCUCUGUGGGCGCAACCGUGCUGUGGUCCCUGCCAAGCACCACCCCCAGCCCGCUCGCUGCCCUUGCCGUUGGGUACGUGAUUGUCGCGUCUGCGGCCGGCGUGCUUCUCGCGCAGGCCUCGCCCUCCGCCAUUGUUAUGACGCACCGCGUCGGAGGUUUUCUCCUCAAGUACAUCAAGGUGUACACGUGCAUGUGCCUUGAGCUGGGCGUGCUGCCAGCGGUCGUUGGCGGCGUUAUCGACAUUGCCUCGCUUCCUCUUCAAGGCUCGACGCUGCAGGACCACCUUGGUUAUCUUCGAUCAUCCACCUUCACGUUCCUGUUGGCGCUGGCUGUUGUUGGCAUUCUCUUCAUGCAGAUCUUCUCCCUCUGUGUUCUCGCCAUGCGCGACGUCCUCAACCCUGGCGUCCUCUGGUUCUUCCGCGAUCCAACAGAACCCGGCUUCCACCCGUUCAUUCCGCUCAGCAACAACUCCAUAUGGAAGAGCCUUCUCCGCGUAGUUGUUGUAGCGGGGAUGUACGUGCUCACCGCUGUGUUUGCGGUGUGGCUGCCCACGUGUCUGCUGACCGCGGCCACGCCGUCCAUUGCACCGCUGCACCUCCUUGUGCGCCACCCGGCCGAGUUCAUCGCCUUCAUGUGGAUCCUUCCAAAGCUCCUCGACUCGGAGGACUUGCCACGCACGCUCAUCGCCGCCUUUGUGCGCUGGGUCGAGAUUGUCAGUCCGUUUUUUGGCCUGCGCGACGCACUGCUGCCUCCACCGGGGACGCGACGUGAGGAUCUGGCGCCCGUUGACAAUUCGCAGCUGCUCAAGUACACAACCCACGGUCUGGUGCGCGGUCUCCUCUUCACGCUGACCGGCCUCACCUCGCUUGGCGUUGCCAUCUUCUGCUGCAUCUCCGGCCCAAUUGCUCUUGGCAGAUCAAUCCUUGCCCGCGCCACUGUCGUUCACCUGCACGAUGGCCUGGCUUUCUACGCCGGUCUUAUGGCUGUGCGCAUGCUGCUGUCCUUCGGUCGGAGGACACGGCGCACGCUUCGGCAGAGCAUUGGUCGUAUUAUCGCCACGGUCGAACGUCGGGUCGUCAGGACUUACAGGAAACUCGUCAUCAUUCUGGUUCUCCACGUUGGAAUUCCCGUGACUAUCGGCUGCUUGCUUAUCCAGCCCGUCGUUCGCGCCUUCCUCGAGAAUGAGCGCGUCUCGAUGCUCCACUGGAUGCCACUGUACUGGGCUGAGGGGUACAUCACGUGCGCCGUCAUUCCCGUGCUGACCAUUGGCGCCAACUUGACCGACGAGCAGAAUCACAUAUUCGCGCACGGGCGCACGCGCACGCGAUUCCGGGCAACCCUCAAGUAUGGGCUCCCAUUCCUUUUGUACCUGGCGGCUGUCCAGCUAGCCGUGCACGCAUUGGCCUUUGGUGUCGUUCCUCUCUUUGGCGUCCCCGGCCACGUGUGUGCGAUUUUGUAUCGGUGGCUGCAGGCCGUGACCGCGGUGUGGGUUGUGUUGGGCGUUCUGCUGCGCCGCUAUGCAGCGCAGAUACACCAGUUCUUGACAGUAGCUAGGCAACGGCACAAUGUCAUCGGGAUGCAGCUGCAGGACGCAUAG